GUGCUCAAGGUUUGACACCUAACACUAUCUUAGUGUGCUUAAAAUGACAUAAACCACACCGUAGGACAUUCAAAAAAAGAUUUGAAAGAACUAGCUACAUAAUGUCUUAAUUUAUAUCUAGGAUUAGAGCUAGUCUACAACAAGGGCUUAUUAUAAGAUUGGACUAACAGCACCUGCUGAUCAAUUUUGUUUUGUUUUUAACCUUUUGAAAGUGUUGAUCUAGUUAUUGUACCAUGUAAUGAUUUUGUAUGGCAGUAUAGUCUUUAUAGUUUGCUUUUAUGAAGAACAACAGAUGUGAAUGUGAAGUCUAUUAAAUAUAUUUGCACAUGGCUGUUUGAGUGCAAAUGUAUUUCAACAGAUCCAGCGCAUCCAGAACAUGAAUCUUCGACGCUUAUAUGAGGGGCGUAAAAUAGAGCUGGAGAACAGAAAUGAUCCCAGUGUGAGAGCAGGAGAGAUGAUCCUUUAUCACGGCACGUCAGAGGCAUCCUGCUCAUUAAUCAUGAAGUCAAACUUUAAUCGCAAUUUUGCUGGGCAAAAUGCCACCGUCUACGGUCAUGGGACGUACUUUGCUGUGAACGCCAGCUACUCUGCCCAAGAUACCUAUGCGGUUCCUGCAGCAGACGGGACUCAGCUCAUGUUUGUGGCUCGUGUGCUUACGGGUAAUUACACUCUGGGUAAAGCGGACAUGAGGACGCCCCCUGUUCGUGUGGCACCUGACCUCUGUUAUGACAGUGUGGUGGAUAAUGUGCAGAAUCCCACCAUGUUUGUGGUUUUCCACGACUGCCAGGCUUAUCCAGACUACCUCAUCACAUUCAAAUGAACUUCAACAAAAAACAACUUGUCUUGAGAGCUAGAAGAUUUAUAAACGUUAUUAGUUAUAUAGUUGAUUUUACAUUUAAAUGUAAUCAUUUAGGGGAUACUUAUAUUCAGAGGGUUUGAGUUAGUUACCUGUUUUUACCUUAUGCCACAACUAACUAGUGCUCAGCAGUUAUGAGUGUAUUAGUGAUGCAUAUAAUUCAGAUUAUGCAACUUAAUGAUAGCAAAUAAAAAUGAAUGGUUUCAGAAAAUCUUGAAAUUCACAAGAACGCAUGAGCAGAAAAUGUGCAAUAUUAAUUGACAUAGCUAUCUUUAGAUUAUGGAACAGUACCAUAUGAAAUACUCCUGUGAGUCACACAUAGUUAUAGUCUGACGGAGAAAGAUUCAUCUGUCGCUUGUGCAAAUCACAGAAGUGAAAUGCAGCUAUGUAUAUAGCUUCGGGCCAAUCGAUUCAUCACUCCAGGAUAAAAACAGGGCUCUUUAAAAUGCGAUUUGUUCGUAUUCCAACUCUUCCUUCUUAGUUCUCAUGUCUGCUUCAGGCUCCUCGUUAUCAGGAAGAAACCAUUUGACGCUGUUUUUGGACGAAAUGUAGGAGUUUGCGCAAUUUGCCGACAAAUUCUUUCUAUCAUUAACCGGAAGUACUUUUGGGAAACCUAUGAAUCUAUGAAAACUGUCUAUAUUGUAACAAAAAACAGUUGUUCGUUUCUUAUAUUAUUUGACUAAAUUUCAGUACAAUCUUUUUUUUUUAUAGAUUGUUUGUUAGCUAUACUUUAACAAAUUUACAAAUAGAAUAUUCAAAUCUCCGACUGACUUGACAUUAUUGUCAAAAUGUUUGAAAUUCAAAAUCCCUCUAACAAAAGCAGUUGUGAUGUUUGCUAAUGAAUUGUGAUUUUUUUUUUUUUGUUUGUUUCCUGUCCUUAUCACAAGCACCUUGAGAAGCUUAUACAAAUGUACAAUAUGAUAAAUUUGUCAUAUUGGCUCACCUCAUGCUGUUCACGCGUCUGUCAGUAAAGCUCUGUAAAGUCAUCAUAAAAGUAGUCCACGUGACUUGUGUGCAUUAUUCAAAUUCUUAGUUUGGCUAUAUGAUUUUUGUGUGACAAACAGGCCCAAAGUUACAUUUUUCACUGAAAAUCCUCUCUAUCAUAGCAUAAUAGAGCUUAGUUGCCAUUUUGAAUUUACACUUCCUUCAGCCUGUACUGUAAAAAAAUGACCGUUAAUUUAACGGUAAAAUACUGUAAAAAUGCUUUACAGUAUAAACCUGUUAAAUGGCUUACGGUACGCUCCCCUACAAUAUACAGUGAAAAACUGUAUUGGACAUUACAUUUAAUUUUAUGGUAGUAUACCUAUUUUCUAAGUGAAAAAAAAAGAAUGUAUAAUUUACAGUAAAUAACAGUAAAUUGACAUUCCCAGAAUUCCCUGCAUUAAAUUUCAAAUUUGAUGUUUGUUUUUUUUAAUGAUAUAUGUAUAUUAUUUAUUUCAUAAAUUUAACAAUGAUUUAACAAUGUUUAAAUAUUUUAUUAUUUCAGUUUCAUGUGUGUUACUAUGAUGGUGUUUAUUGUUUGUGUGAAUGACGCUGUGCAACUUCUAUACAAGUAAAUAUUUUAAAGUUGCUUAUGAUGAGCUUUGGUUCAUCAUGUGACUUUCUCAUCACCACCUGCUUUUGGAGGUUAUCAGUGUAUUACAAAGGUACAAAACAGAUUUCAAUACUUCAAUAGGCUGUUAUAUUAACAUUAAAUUGGUUAAUGAAAUUACAGUAUGUAAAUUUAAGUUAAAACCGUAAAACCUAAAAUGUUGCUACUGUAUUUUUUUUACGGCACCACAGCUGCCAGUUAGUUACCGUAAAUUAAGAUUUCUUUAUUUUUUUUUUUUACAGUGUGAGGUUUAUUAAUUUCAUUUUUUUGUGAAGGCAUUUACAGUUGCCUAAAAUUUAACGUUCGGGGUUUUUGUUAUUAAAAACAAAUAAGCAAGCCCAGCUUAGGUGACAAAAACGCUUUAACACAAAAGUAACGUGAUGCAUUACUUUCCAUAAAAAGUAUCUAGUAAUGCAAUUAGUAACUAUAGUAACGCAAUAUUGUAAUGCAUUACUUUUAAGUAACUUUCCCCAACACUGAUCCUGACUAAGGCUACAUGUUAAAUUACAAAACAUUCAAAACUUUUAUCCAUCUGAACUUGUGCACACGAUUUCAGAACUUUCAUUUUCUUUUUUAUUUCUCAUGCAAAGCUAUGUGGAAAUAGAGUGCACAAGUCCUACUGACUUAGCUUGACGGAUGUGGUGGAUUAGAGUUGUGUCAGGAAAGUGCAUACACACAUGGGUGAGUUAGCAUGACCAAGCUUUAAUUUGUGGGUGAAUUAUUGAUUUAAUGUGGGUAAGGAAACAAUGUUGCUACCGUGUUAAAAUGAGUCAUGUAGUGUAAUUAUAGUGACGCAGUAAAACAACGUUUUAUCUUAUAUUUCAUCUGCACUCACAUGCCCUGAUACGUCAUCAAGGCCUUCCCGCACUUUGAGUCUGGCGCUCUUCCAACAAAGCAGAGCAAGUGCAAACAAACUGGAGGUGAGAAAAAUUCAUCUUAUCAAUAUACAAAAAUGUUUCAGUGGAAAGAUGAUGAAACCACUGUUUACAAAUUUCACUGCACUGUAGUUAUUAACUGAUUAGAUGCGGUGUGUGUGUGUCCCCGAGGCUUUAUUUUAUAUAAAUAUUUUCAUUUUGUUGCAGAAUGAAAAUUAAUCUUUUAGACAAUAUUGUUUUUGUGUAAGCUACAGUAUGUAUAGAAAAUGGAACAUAUUUAUAUUUCAUUACUAAUAAUUAUUUUCUUCUCCCUCCUUGUAUAAUGCGAUCGUUUACAAAACUGGUCCUUGUGUUGUCACUGAUGUGAAUGUUUUUUUAUUUUUUUCAUUUCAUUCUAUCAUUUAAAGAAUAUAAGAGCUUACAAACUAAUGAUACAUGAAUUUUUAUAGACAAAAUAAUUUGCAAUAAUGGGGGAAUGGGGACAGUGUGGGUGACCGUAUAUAUAUUA